AAGUACAAAAAAUAAAAUUAACAAAUUGUUAAAUUUAUUUGAUCGUUGGAUAAAUGUUAUUUCGUGGCCAUCUGAGGAUCUUGAGUGAAGUAUUCAAUGACAGAGUGCGUGCUUUGCUUGAGCUACUGCUCAACGGAGACUGCCCUAGGACUUUCCUCAAAUGAAGGAUUGCAGUUGAGCGUUCAUGAGACAAUACGAAAAUAUUUCUUGUUCUUUGAGCUACCCGAAAUUGAUCAAAUCUCAUUGGAGGUCAUAUGCCAGGAUUGCUGGCACAGUGUGCGCUCCUUCGAUGAGUUCUACAAUCGUGUCUUUGAAUUGCAUCAAUAUCGAAGCGGAGCCGUGGAGUUUUGUGGCGAAAGUGCAACAGUUAAUCCCUUGUACGAACAGGAUGUCUUGGCCGAGGAGGGAAUCUUUGAGACGGACGAAAUUAAAAUGGAAGUUAAUGAGCUGGAACCUCUGGCUAAGGUGGAGGAGGACGCAAAAGAUCUGGUGGAUUCUGAAAAAAAGGAGCAAAACGUUUCCGAACUCGUGUCGACGCCAUCUGAGGCUGUUCCACUAAGGCGCAGCACACGACUAGGGUGUCCAUCGAAUGUGUCAAAAGAAUCUUUACCCUGCCCUAAGAAAAUGAAUAACCUGCCCAAAGUCAAGUUGAAUGUAGAGCUUGUAAAUCCCAUAGAUGCAAAGAAAACGCUGCUGGAUUCAGAUGGCGAUCGACCCUUGGCCGAACUUCUGAUGAAGGAGAUGCCUUCAUCUGCGCCACGAAGGCGACGCGGACGUCCACCUAAGGUUCGAAAAGAAGAACCUUCUCCAAAGGUCGAAGAAACUACACCUCCAUCGCCUCCCAGCGAGACUAAACACGAAUUUGAUUCAAAUUACGACGAUGACGAAAUUAAUUUUGCUGCUGCGGAAAAUGAGCUUGGAACUGAUGAUUCUGACAUCUCUUCCUCUGACUCUUUGCCGGACAUAGAACCCGAAGAGCGUUAUGCAGUAAUUCCCAAACGCGUGGUAGUUAAACCCAAAAAAUAUCGCAAGCGCAAAAAACCCGUUGAUCCGCCAGUCCGUCCCAGUAGUGCGGAAAUCGAAAGACGAAGGGCGGAGAUCGAAAGACGCAAAGCGGAACAGGAUGGCUAUGACGAGAUUUUAUUGUCAUUUUUUGAGAAAUUUCCAUGUCACAUUUGUAAUCUUCUUGUUAAGAAUUUUGCAGACAUGCGACGUCAUCAGCGCAUGUCUCACAGCAUUGAAGUGGGCUACAUGACUUGCUGUGGACGCAAGUAUUGUACACGAAAACUACUCGCCGAGCAUGUGCUAGUCCAUCAAAAUCCAGAUCAUUUUAAGUGCCACCAAUGUGAGCAAGUUUUCCCGGAUUCCCGUACCAUGGAACUACAUAGAAGGACCCAUGAAGCGGAAGCAAAUGGCCUGGGGGCUGGCUCAAAGGAAAAACCAACUUAUCAAUGCGAAAAGUGUCCGACAAGUUUCAAUACCAAGGCUGCCUUCGAUUAUCAUAAUGUGUCCAAGCAUGUCCCCAAAUCAGAGUACAAAUUCCAAUGUCUCGAAUGUAACAAAAAAUUCCCCGUACAUCGUAGAUUAAGAGAACAUAUGGGUAUUGUCCAUAAUCCAGAAAACUCCGUAAUAUGUGAUAAAUGUGGUAAAACUUUAGGUUCGCCAAAGUAUCUCAAGCGGCAUAAUGAGUAUAUGCAUUCCGAUGAGCCGGGGGAGAAGCCAAAACCAGUACAAUGUGAAAUCUGUGGGACAUGGCUACGCAACAAACGUGGACUGAAAAGACACGUCGAUUCGGUGCACGAGCCACCCAGUGAGAAACAUAUUUGCCAAAUAUGCAAUCAUCGUUCCACCAAUUCCCGUUCCCUGAAACGUCACAUAUAUUACAAUCAUAUAGCUGAGAAGAAAUUCAAGUGCGGCUUGUGCGAAAAGUCAUUUAUGCGACCGGGGGAGUUGAGGGAGCACACAUCAACGCACACCGGCGAAGUGCUAUACACCUGUCCGAAUUGUCCCAUGACAUUCUUUUGUGCUGCCAACAGGCUCAAACAUCGACAGCGUUUGCAUCGCGCCGAAUGGGAAGCCGAUCGGAUGCCAACUCGCAGGGGUCCAAGGAAGCGAUAAAUGCAUUGUAUCUGUUUCUCCAGCAGUGGGAGUUUAUACCCUUUCAAAAAGGGAGGAAAGGAAAGGAAAAGAGUUCAAAUAGCCAUCACCUUGCGUGUGUCCGUCUGUCUGUUUUACAUGUAGGCUUGUAGGACCACAUCCUAUAGCUCCCAUACAAACGGAAAACUCACGAGCAGUGACUUUUCUC